CGAAUCUACGACGCCACGCAACACUCUAAAAGUGGAAUAUUUGAAAAUCGUGCUUUGUAGUAUCUCUUGCCGUCAUAAAAGGCGGAAACCCCGCCACUAGACUCUGACUCCUUGCUCUUUUAGCUCAUAGACUCUCGCGCUCCUCCGAGUGAGAGAGAGAGAUCGAACAGCCGCCAUGUGUGGAAUCCUCGUCGUCCUCGGUUGUGUCGACAACUCUCAGGCCAAACGUUCCCGAAUCAUCGAGCUAUCUCGGAGGCUGCACCACAGAGGUCCUGAUUGGAGUGGAAUAUAUUGUCAUGAAGAUUGUUAUCUUCUUCACCAACGGUUGGCUAUUGUAGACCCUACUUCUGGAGAUCAACCACUUUAUAACGAAGACAAGACAAUUGUUGUUACGGUUAACGGCGAAAUCUAUAACCAUGAAGAAUUGAGAGGAAAGCUAAAGUCUCAUAAAUUCCGAACAGGAAGUGACUGUGAAGUGAUUACUCACCUUUAUGAGGAAUAUGGAGAGGACUUUGUGGACAUGUUGGAUGUCAUGUUCUCCUUUGUCCUGCUUGAUACCCGUGACAAAAGUUUCAUUGCUGCUUGAGAUCCUAUUGGUAUUACCCCUCUAUACAUGGGCUGGGGUCUUGAUGGAUCAAUUUGGUUUGCAUCGGAAAUGAAAGCUUUGAGCGAUGAUUGUGAACGUUUCAUCUCCUUCCUUCCUGGACAUAUUUAUUCUAGCAAACAUGGUGACUUUAGAAGGUGGUACAACCCACCAUGGUACUCAGGGUGCAUACCGAUGAUUCCUUAUGAACGAUUAGUAUUAUGUGAGACCUUUGAGAAGGCAUGUGCCAAACUUUGAUUCAUUUUCUAAUUACUUUCUUUUUGAAAUCCAUAUAAUAUUUGCUAAAUGUAUUUCCUAUUUCCCCAUAAUCCACUUCCCCCUCAACAAAAUAAGGAAAAUGAUAGGCUUGUGUGCAGAAAUUUUAGGGUUAGAUUAUUUGUGGUUACCUAUGUCAACUAAAGUCCAUGGAUUAAGGGAGAGGAUCUUUGCUCUGGUUGCAUUCCUUGUACCAAUCAACCCCAAAUAGACAAUUGUGAUCUUCAGAAGCUGCUUCCACUCCAGAAGGACAAAAAUUAUCAAUGGAGUAACCAUCAAAUUUGAGUUUCAUCACUCCAAGUGUUAUGGAGUAUACAAUUGGUCAAAUAUGAAAUUUUCUAAAAGUUUAUGUAUUUUUGUUUUAUAGAUGGUAGAAGUAUUUUGGUCAUUUUAUAGGCUAUUAACUUAUUUGUGGGACCUGGCCUAGUUGUUUGUCCUUUCUAGUCAUAGUCGAGAUAAAAAUUCCAUAGCCAUUGUUUAAGUAGUUUACUAGUUAUUUAGUUUUCUGUGUUAAGUAUGAGUGCAGAAUCAUAACUUUGGGUUUUCUUAGUUAAGGAAGGAGUUUGGCUGACCCUAGUGUCUAUUUAGAUAACAUUAUCUUGCUUGCUUCAAAAACGUUGUGAAUGAUACUUUGAGUAAGAAUUUUGUUAUUU